AUGCCUAUUACGCAUUCGGUGCAAGUUUUUGGAAGAAAAAAAACUGCCACGGCUGUUGCAUAUUGUAAGAAGGGACGUGGACUCAUUAGGGUGAAUGGUCGUCCUUUAGAGCAUAUACAACCCGAGAUAUUACGCAUUAAACUUCAGGAACCACUGUUAGUUUUGGGUAAAGAACGUUACCAGGAUGUCGAUAUCAGAAUAAGGGUAAAUGGCGGUGGACAUGUUGCACAGAUAUACGCAAUCCGUCAGGCAUUAGCAAAAGCUAUUGUUGCAUAUUACCAAAAAUUUGUUGAUGAACAAAGUAAAAAGGAGCUUAAAGAACAGUUGGUGGCAUAUGAUCGUAAUCUUUUGGUUGCUGAUCCUAGAAGACGUGAACCUAAAAAAUUUGGUGGUCCAGGUGCAAGGGCCCGUUAUCAGAAAUCAUAUCGUUAA